CAUAGUACCCUUCACAAACUUCGACAGACUUAUCAUUGCAACUUUCAAUGAGCGGUCUACCUCCCAAACCAGAAGUCGGCAGAACAUCAAGUAGCUGGCCUGAGCCUGCUGACGACAGGCGCUAUUCAGGACGGCCGGUGCCAAUGGCUGGGCCAGACCAUUACCGCAAUCGACGCGACGACAGAGACAGAGACAGAGAAAGAGACAGAGACCGUGACAGAGACAGAGAUCGCGAACGAGACAGAGAACGAAGCUAUCAUCCUCCCCGGUCACCACCACCACGGUCUCCGCCACCUCGGGGAAGAGAUACUUACACCUCACCUUCCAGGAACGACAGCCAUCGUGACUACUACCACCGUGACGAGCGUUCUAGAGGAGAGAGGGGAUGGGAGCCAGACAGAAGGGCUUCGGAACGUAGGGACGACAGGGCUUGGACGCGUGAUGAACAUACAGGGAGGGGGCGAGGGCGAGGUAGGGGUCGUGCAUCGCCGCGCAGAGGUACUUAUCAGGUUGGAAGCUGGCGAGUUCGUGAUUCGGAGCGAGAUAGGGACUAUGGAGGAAGGAACAGGAGUCGAGAAUACGACAGGAAUAAUUACGAUAGACGAAGAUUCGAUGAUAGGGAGAGGUCGAGUACACACAGACCUCCGUAUUCUCCACGCCAAGAUUCGAAUGAGCGCCGUCGGGAGCACUAUUCACCCACAAAGUCUCCUCGUCGUUCAUACUCACCCCGACGACACAGCAGACCACCCUCUCCUGAUGGCAGUACUCAUCGACAUUCACCGAGAUCUCCAGUAAAGCAUGAGCCAGGGCAUUCUCCACAUCCACCUUCAGCGCCCCGAAGUCACUAUUCAGACCACCGCGUCGACGACAGGCGACGCGGGAGUCAGACUCCUAGUCCCCGUCCUGCAAGGCGCUCAUUGUCACGAGAUACCAAACCCGAGCCUGCGCGUGAAGAAACGCAUCUGUCAGCUUCCCCUGCACGGUCGCUUCGCGCUCCAGAUGAGAAAACAUCCAACAAGUCUGCCUCUCCACAUGCCAAACCUGAACCUCACGAUGACAUACAACAUGUUCAUCUCAAAGUCGAGCCAGCCCCUGAAGACGCACAUGUCGGUCACUCUCCAGCUUCAAGCUCAAAAACCAAGGAUGAGCCCGCAGACCAAGAUGCCGAAGGAGACUUUAAAAUGCGCGACCGCUCUCCUGAUCCACCCUCUCACUCUCCCCAUCACGCUGUCAGUGCCCGAGUCAAGACGCCUCCAACACCAGCAUCUCCCGCGCCUUCCCUCAAACAACCAGUGCCCGAAGAACCCCCUGCUGAAAUGCCCAAACCACCCACAGCUCCUUACUUACCCCCCUCCACAAGACGCGAAACUCUCAAAGAUCGAUUAGGCCAAAAAUACAAGGACGAACUCUCCCAAAUCGAAGCCAUCGAAGCCAGCCGUUCGCGCGCAGCAUCAGAACAGGUCCAAAUAUCCAAAGCCGUCCGUCGAGCACUCCACGAACUAGACAUCACGACCAUAGACCUCCGCGCAGCUCAAAUCAGACGCGAGCACGCAGAAAACCAUCGCAAGAAAGCUGCUACCGGAUUCUUGGAUAUCGAUGCAGAGUUCUCUACAACCUAAGCCCUAGACCACUAGCUGCGAUGGGGUGGCUGAUUUAUGUAACCGGCGGCGCGGAUGGCUAAUAAUACUUCUUAUAAUACUGCCUGAUCAGGUCUUUUGUAUCUUCUUACAGACGAUGUGCGUUUGAUGGUAGAGCGCUAUAGAAACCUUGCUUCUACGCCGUGGUGAGAAACAGCUGCGUUGAUCGUGGAGCGUACAGUCUGCAUGAAC